AUGUAAACAUGGUCAAAAUCACGCGGUAGUUACCAAUAUAAAUUAUGCCGAUUAGAGAAGUUCCUAUUUGAUUGUGACGUCACAUUUGUCUUGUGACUUGGAAAAUUAAUAAAAGUGCCAGUAAAAUUAUGUCCGUAUGUCAACAGCGACUUCUGGCCAGAAUGUCUACGGAGAAAGAAACGCUUCAAACACGUCAACAGAACCCUGCUGUCCCUGGGACAAUCCAACAAGGGACGCAACCUUUACCAGGCUACCAAGAGCCGCAUAGCCCCUAUCAACAAACCCAGCCACAGUACACAAACUCUCAACUUCCAACCUACACACAGCCACCAAACCCGUCAGUGACGUCACAAUCACAGCAACCUCCAAUAAUAUAUGUUGGAUACAACACCAACCAUCCCGUCACAUUCAUACCGGCCCCAGUACCAAAGCGAUCGUUAUUUGAGGCGUACCUUCUGACGCUUCUUCUAGGGUUCACUGGAGCGCAGCAUUUCUACCUGAGGCGUCCUGAAUGGGGUGUCGUGUACUUGUUCACGCUUGGAUUCUUGGGAUGUGGGUGGGUGAUUGACCUUUUCAGGCUCCCUUUGUUGGUGUCUCUCUGUAACAAACAAGCGUCACAUCCGGAGACAAGCGAGAAGAAAAAGAAAAACCUGGAUGACGCUUAUGUAUGUUGGCUACCGGCCGGUUUUUUGGGACUUCAUCACUUUUACUUGAACAACAUCGGACUUGGCGUUGUUUACUUCUUUACAUUCGGACUUUUCGGCGUCGGUUGGGUUGCUGAUGCUUUCUUAAUGUCAUACCACGUUAAAAAAGCAAACUCCGACAUCCCAGAUGAUUCAAAAAAGAAAAGCACAGCCACCACAUGCAUAUUAGCCAUUUCCCCUGCGGGUAUCCUCGGUGCUCACCAUUAUUACCUCAAUAGAAUUGGUUUUGGAAUAGCCUACACGCUUACUUUUGGACUUUUCGGUGUUGGAUACAUCGUCGAUUGGUGCCGUUUCCCAUUAUUAGUUCAAAGAUACAACAAGAGUAAAAGAAAGGGCUUUAUUUCCCACAAACAUUUAGACGACGCUUAUCUUCUAUGGUUUCCUCUCGGGUUUCUCGGCCUUCAUCAUUUCUAUCUGAACAGACCGGGCUGGGGCUGUCUGUACUUCUUUACUUUCGGUUUGUUUGGGCUUGGUUGGAUUAUCGACGGAUGUCGACUCUGCUCCCUGGUUACGGAAUGUAACAGACAGAUAGACGAACAGGUGCUCCUUAGCAGCAACAACCAGGGUAUUUCUAAUCCUAACUUUGUAGCAGGAAGCGUUGGAACGCAACAAUGGCCGCCAGCAGCUGGAGGUCACGUGGCCUCUAAUUAUACUUAUACGUCAAUACCCUAUCCACCUGGAUAUACCGCCAAUUAUCCCGCACAACCAGGGCUUUAUCCAGCAGGACCAACCCAGCACAACGGAUAUGGAUCUACUUCCGGUGUUGGCGAUCAACCGCCUCCAUAUGAAGCUGGACCGCUGCCAACUAAGGAAAAAUAACUCUUACAACUCCGUUAUGUGUCACUUUUCUAUUGGAUGCUUGUACAUAUAUGUCGUCAUUUCACAAGGACUUUUAUCAAUAACUGUUUACCUGUCCCACAGGACUAAGAAAAUGUGUGUAAAGUUUAACAUUUGAUUGUAGUUGACGACUUAAAUACAACACAUUAAGUGUGUACCAUAUUUU